GAAAUCACACAUUGCUAUUGUGUAUACCACCUGUUAAGCAACCUAAAAGCAACCUUCAAGAAGAAUGCAAGCAAGCUGGAUAAACCAUUCUUCGCUGCAGCCAGAGCAUACACAGAGAGGAAAUUUGAAUACCAUAUGAGCGAGUUGGACAGCUUGGACAUCCGUGUAAGACCAUAUUUACAACAAGUUGGAUACCACAAAUGGUCAAGAUACCACUGCAAAAACAACAGGUAUUCAACUAUGACUUCAAACAUUGCUGAAUCUCUAAAUGCAGCAAACUUGGCAGCUAGAGAGCUACCAAUCACAACACUGAUGGAGUCAUUGAGAGCAUUGAUUCAACAAUGGACAUACACAAACAGGAAAAAAGCACAGAAAACAACAACAUUUUUAACACCUACAGCAGAAAAGAAAUUAGUCGACAACUUUGUGGAAUCAUUGACAGAAAAUGUAAAACCAAUAAACGAGACCAUGUUCGAAGUCAUUGAACUAACCAGAUCAUGGGUCAUCAACCUCAAGGAGAAAACAUGCAGUUGCAACAGAUUCCAACUUGAUGAGUUACCGUGUGCUCAUGCGCUUGCUGUUAUAAAAGAGAUGAACUUGAAUGUUUACAACUACUGUUCGGGUUAUUACACCACGCGAACAUGGCUUGAAACAUACAACGGCUCAACAUAUCCGGUACAUAAUCACACAACUUGGGAUGUGCCACAAAACAUAAAAGAUAUCAUUGUUCUGCCACCAAACCAAAAAAUAAGAUCUGGAAGACCAAGGAAACGAAGGUUUUUAUCUGAAUGGGAUACAAAAAAACAUAACAGGUGCGGCAAAUGUGGACAACACGGACACAAUCGAAAGACAUGCAACAAUCAAGCAAUAAAAUAGAUACAUAUGAAAUAUUUGAAUUGUUUAAUUUUGUGUGCAAAUUCAAACAGGUUGAUCUGUGAUGCUCUAAAUACAUGGGAUUUCAUUUUUAUGAAAUUUGAAACA